AUGUCAUCACUUAGUGGUUCAUUAGCUACAGAAAAAGAUCGAUAUGAAACUAUUGGACAUAUAACGACACCAUCAAAUUCAAUAUCAUUAUCAACAACAUCAAAUCGUUCAAUUUCUAUUGAUGAAAAAAAUAAUUUAAAUAAUGAUCAAAAAAAGUUUUCAAUUCAAAAUAGUUCAUCUAAAAAAACAUUUACUUUAAACAGAACUAGACAAAGACAAUCACUAAGUAAAUCAAGUAAACAAACCUCUUCUUCUCGUCAAUUAAUUGAUGCAUAUCGUUUUCGUGAUACAUUACGAAUGAACAAUACUCAUUUUUCUUCUCCAUGUCCAAAAAUUCGAUGA